UUUAAAAGAUCAGUUUAGAAAGAGACAACAAUAAACAAUGUAUUUGAAUAGAUGAGAUAGAGACACCGUACUUGAAAUGUGAGAUUAAAAGAAUGAAUUUCUGAAAUUCGUAACAAGUUCGACCGUUCGAUUAACUUGUUUUGUGAUAAUUAUUUUAAUUUAAUGAAUUCAAACUAUUAUAUCAAUAAAAAAUUAUGGCAGACUUCGAUUGGAAUAAUUAUUUAGAAGUGAAUAAAACAAUUGCUGUUCCUGAAGAAUUAUUUUCUCAUGUUGAGACCAGUCUCUACAAUGGCAUCAAACAGGGCAUGCUGCUUGAGGUGUGCCACAAGAACAACCCAGAUAUCUACUGGAUAGCAGAGAUCACAAUGGUCUGUGGGCACCUCCUUAGAAUCAAGUUCAUUGGCGCCGACAGUGACUUCUGGUGCGACAUAUCAACCACCAAAGUCCAUCCGCUAGGCUGGUGCGGAAAGUACGACGAGCUUAUUGAACCCCCCGAUGAAAUCAAUGAGAAGUAUGGAGACACUAUCAUAGAAAUCAUGAAGAAAGCCUUAUUAGACGGCCAGUCUGUGUCCAUUGAGGCCUUGAAUAAUAAAGGACUGUCCCCCAUAGAUAGGAUCAAAGUUGGAAUGAAGGUGGAAGUGCAGAAUAUUAUCGACCCUUACAGAUAUUGGAUCGCUACGGUGUGUGAGAACGUUGGCGGGCGUCUCCUAGUCCGAUACGACGGCGCCGACGAAGACCUGACCCAGUUCUGGAUCUUCUUCUCCAACCCUCGACUGAGCAGCUUCGGCUAUGUUACCAAUAAGGGUUCUCCGUGGCAGUUCAAGUAUCCAGGCAAAGUGAACAAGUUCUCCUGUAAGAACAAGCUGAGCACACAACUGCGGCAGAGUGCUGAAGAAGCCAUUUCGGAGCCUACGCCCGCUGAUCUGUUUCAACCUAACCAAAACCUUGAAUCUCAUAACUUCGUAAGCGGCAUGAAGUUGGAAGCUCUGAGUCCGCAGGACAUGCGCACCAUCCGCCCGGCAACCGUGACGAAGGUCUUUAACAAUUUCCACUUCUUAGUCGUUCUCGACGACCACGUAGAAGACUACGAGGAUACCAAAGCUGCUUGGCUGUGUGACUCCAUGCACCCCUACAUAUACCCCAUAGGAUGGGCACAUAAAAAUAGCCUCGCAUUCAAGAACCCCAAAAUUUGGAAAGACGGUCCGUUCGACUGGGAUGAAUAUCUCACAAUGACUUCAUCGGUACCUGCUCCUGAUUAUUGUUUCGGUACUAAAAUCCCGCUUAAAGGAAUCGAGGUCAAUAUGAAGUUGGAAGCCGUCAAUCCGCAAAAUCAUGAAGAAAUUCACGUGGCCAAUAUAGAUUGCAUAGUGGAGCACAUGUUGUGCGUGGAACUGUUACCUAUAGGAGAGAAAUAUUGGUACGCUCAAGACAGUGACCUGCUGUUCCCUGUCGGCUGGUGCGAUAGCAAUGACUAUGCUUUACACAUUCCUGAUACUACUAUUGAGAGAGAGCAACCAAAGGCUGUUGAAGAACGAACCGUCAAGGAUGACAUGAAGUGUUCGGAGGAAUGGUGCGAUAGGAUUUUCUUUAAUUAUAAAUGUUACGCUGGACCAACGAUUAGUAGGAAUAAGUUAUCCCAGUUGCCGAAACAUGUUGGUCCUGGGCCACUGUCGCUGGUGCUAAAGGAGGUGUUAAACAAGAUUAUUUCGGCUUCCUACAAGCCGGCCAAGCUGCUUAAGGAUUGGGAGACCGAGGGACCUCCGGAAGAAGGCAUGAGAUUGGAGAUGUUGAGGGCUAAACUGAAAACGAGCACUUACCACGCUUACGUGCCCAUAGCACGCUCGGCCACGCAGGUUUCGGCAUUCUGCCGCGAGGUAUGCGUCAAGAUGCAGGCCUGCCCAAGCCUGUUCGGACCCGAUGAGUACAUCGAGCAGUGCCCCAAUGACUGUCAACAUGUUGACAAGUCCACAUUCCAUCAUAACACAGAGCGUCGAGGAAGACCAAAGGGUAGCGUUAAUGGUCGAAGGAAAAAGAAAAAGGCUGCUCCAGAGAAGAAAGAAAAGGAGCAGCAGCCCUCACAAGAAACUGAGAGCAACAAAGACGGGGAGUCUAUAGAGAGUGAGCACAGCGCCGGGUCCACGCCGCCCUCCGAGCCCGGCACGCGGCCCAACUCGCCCGACAGCCUCGAGUACAAGCGCAGCCAGCGACGGAAGCGGGAGCCCAAGAACAACUACCCCAAGUUGGAAAUGAAAACACGUGGAGCGAAGCUACCCAACUUUGCACUCCAGAUAAAACAAGCUCACUGGAACAAAAAAGAUGUGCAAACCAUAUACAGUAACACAUGUGUGAAGAAAACCUCGCAAGAUAGCGAUACCGAAAAUGAGACUAAUGAAAGCAGCUCCAAUUCUAGGGAUGCCAAAAAUAUAUCGGACGUAUCGGACUCAGAGGAACCAGAACUGAAAAAAUUGAAAUUUAAUACAUACGAUCCUCUGCCUUCUGAUAACAAGAUGUUUGAAAAGGAUAUGACAAUGUCCUGGAUGAAAGGAAAGCUCAAGCUGUCACCAAAUCCUCUAGACUGGUCCGUGGACGACGUAUACGCUUAUUUAAGUAGCACGGACGACUGCAAACUCAUUGCAGAGAAAAUGAAACAAGAGGAGAUAGAUGGACAAGCCUUUGUGAUGUUGGAUCUGCCCGUUAUUAGGGAAUUCCUGCACAUGAAGAAAGAAUUCGCUCUGCAACUUAGUAAACAUAUUGCUAUGAUGAGAUGGUAUAUAAAUAAUUUCGAAGAGAGUGGUGAAUCGUGAUUUUGUUCCUUAUUAUAUUCUUUGUCUAGUCCACAAUAAAGUAUUUGUUGAAUAUU